CCGUCCGGGCCGAGGUAACGCGCAUGCCCAGCGCGGCCUCGCGCACGCGCCUUGCUGUUUCCUUUAACCUGUGACCCGCCGGCAGCCCUUGAGCCGGCGCGGCGGGGCCAGGAAGCGGGAGUCCGCGACCCCGAGGCAGAGCGGUCGCAAUGGCCAAGUACCUGGCCCAAAUCAUUGUGAUGGGCGUACAGGUGGUAGGCAGAGCCUUUGCUCGGGCCCUGCGGCAGGAGUUUGCAGCCAGCCGAGCCGCAGCUGAUGCCCGGGGACGAGCUGGGCACCAGUCUGCAGCUGCAUCCAACCUCUCUGGCCUCAGUCUUCAGGAGGCCCAGCAGAUUCUCAACGUCUCCAAACUGAGUCCCGAGGAGGUCCAGAAGAACUAUGAACAUCUAUUUAAGGUGAAUGAUAAAUCCGUGGGCGGCUCCUUCUACCUACAAUCCAAGGUUGUCCGGGCAAAGGAGCGCCUGGAUGAGGAACUCAGAAUCCAGGCCCAAGAGGAGAAAGAGAAAGAGCAGGUGCCCAGAACGUGACCAUGCAGCUCUCCUCUCCCUGCCACCUCUUAACUUAUAGCUUGUUCCCGGCUGGGCUGACCUGCUUUCAGCCUCACAUUGAGGCUGGCACCUAAAGGCUGAAGAGAAACCCCAGAUCAGGGGCUUUAGGUAAUAUAGUUGGGAGACCCCAAAGCUGAGCACAGAGCCAGACAGUCUAAGGUCAGCCCCGUUCCUAGCAUGUUCAUGACACAGAAACCAUCUUUGCAACUCACUUUUAUUGUUUCUUUAUAAACUUCCUCUCACAUGGAGGAAUAUAUUGUUAUAGUCAUUAGCUUAUCUCUUUUUUAAACUCUAUGCUAACAGCAAUGGAGCCAAGAGGAGGAAAAACAUAAGCUACAAUAGAAAGGCACUUAGAACCUGUUAAAAUACUGAUAUCCUGGAAUGUGCAACAAUAAACCAACAACAACGAAAAGUA